UCCUGUGUUAGUGGCUGAUGUUACUGAAACUACCAAUGACUCUGAGCACGGUACUUUCAUAGAGGUGGCUGAGGAAGUAUGUGACUCCAAAUUAGUAGCCAUGAAACACUUUGUACCAUUUAUUACGGAAGGUUGUGUGUCUUUGCCAAACUCUGAGAGUAAAAUACCAGUGAAAAUUUUGAGAGAUACAGGCUCAUCAGAAUCUUUUAUUCUUGAAUCUGUUCUACCCUUUUCUGAGGUAUCAAGUGAAAAGAGAACUGUUCUGAUUAGAGGAAUUGGAUUAAACAUUCUUUCUGUUCCUCUGCAUAGAGUACACUUGACAUCCGAUCUCAUUUGUGGAGAAGUAUCUUUAGGAGUUCGUUCGUCUUUGCCAGUGGAUGGGGUUGCUGUCAUCUUGGGUAACAAUUUGGCUGGAGGUAGAGUCUGGCGGGAGGUUAUUCCACCUCCUGAGGUAGUGCCUAUUCCAGUCACUGAGAACACCGACAGUUUGCAUCAAAAUUUUCCUGAAGUAUUCACAGCUUGUGUCAUGACUCGCGCAAGGAGUCGUGAGAUGUCACUUGAGAAACAAGGAGUGUCAAAAUAUGUUGUUCCUGGGUUAUCCACCCUUUCGCCUAUUUCUCAUAGGGAGUUGGUGGAUGCGCAGCGGGAGGACCCGGAGUUACAGAAGUUGUUUGAUGCUGUGAUUUUGCCUGAAGAGUAUUGGAGUGUCAAAAUGACCAGACGAAAACCUGGAAAACGAUGGCGAAGGACUGGUAAUGAAGAAGACCCAAAUAAACGACCAAGACGGGCUGCACAAUUGUCAUCCCUCCCUGCAGCCACUAGUGUUCAUGUGGAGACUGAUCAGCAAUAUUUAGUUUCUUACAAGAAGGUUUCUCACCAGAAUUCUGUUUCAGGAGGUAGCAGCAGCGGAACACAGCAUGGAGGUGUGCCUCCUGGAGGAACCCAAAACGCUGCACUUCAAGGGGAACACGCCCAACAUCCAGGUGUCCAUGCAGGAUGUACCGCACUCACUCUCGGACAUCAAGUCUCUCACCACCUGCCAGCACAAGGUAGCGUGGUAGCACAAGAGAGUAUUUCAACUGUUAAAGGAUCAGCCUUCAGAGAUCCUCCUGAUGACGUAACAACUGAACUACAUGGCAAUGCUGAGUAUGAUCCAUCUCAAUUAUUUGAGGAAGCUCUCCCUGAUGUGGGGGAUUGGACGUAUGAUGAUGGACAUUUGUUCAAUGAGGGAUUUGAUGAGGCCAGCCUGAAUGCAUUUCAGAUGCAUCAUCUUGUAUCCGUGAAGCAUACCAUAUCGGUUCAGCUGAUCCUGGAGAAACACAGCAAUGUCCAGCAGAUCCGAAUGUUCUUUUCGUCUGAACAGGCGCAAAGUCUUGAGGUGUCUGCGCAAAGUUGA